CCGGGCCGGCAUGGCGUGGCCCUGCAUCAGCCGCCUCUGCUGCCUGGCGCGGCGCUGGAACCAGCUGGACCGCUCCGACGUGGCUGUGCCGCUGACCCUGCACAACUACUCGGACCUCGAGAGUGAGGAGCCCGGCCCAGGUGGCGCCGCUUCGCGCAGGGGCCCGUCCCCCGCAGGCGCCCGGGACCCUGGCCGGGACGUGCCGCUCACUCAGUACCAGCGGGACUUCGGCGUGUGGACGGCGCCCCCCGGGCCCAGAGAAGCAACGCAGGGGCGCCGGCCAGGGGCGGGUGGCCGCAGGGUCAAGCCCCCCGCACCCCCGAGCCGGGGGGUCUACGUGCUCCCCAUCGGCGACUCAGGCGCAGCUACAGCAGUGACCACAUCGUACAGACAGGAAUUCCAGGCCUGGACUGGAGUGAAGCCAUCAAGAUCCACAAAGGUGAAACCUGCCAGAGUCAUCACAACCCAUAGCUCCGGAUGGGAUGGCAGCCCUGGGGCCGGCUUCCAGGUCAGCCCGAAGCUGGUGCUGCAGGGCAAGGGGCUGGGCGCCUGGCUGCAGGGGUGUGAGGACAGAGGCCUCUCAUCCAGGUCCCUGAGGUGAAGAAAUUCGCCCCUAACCCCUCAGCCAUCUUUCAGGCCUCAGCUCCCCGGAUCCUCAACGUGUGACUGCCCACCGAGAGGAGAUCAGAACCCACUUCUGUCCAGGGACUGGGGUGAGAUCUCAGGACCAGACAGCUCCCUGCUGUCAGAGAAGUGGGAAGGGUUCUCCUUUCUCAGCCCAGGACCCCACUCCUAAGGUGCGGGCAGAACAGAGGCACAAAGGGACACGGCACCAACCCGCUCAACUCUGGGCCCCAACUCCCUCUUCCACCUCAAGACGUGUGUGGGAGGCUUCGGAUCUUUUUUUAAUUGCCUCCUUUGGCCACUCGUUUUUAAAUCUGAGGAACUUGAUCUACUCUACUAUGAACCGGACUGGUCCCUGGGGGCUAAGGAAUAUGGCCAUAACAGGUCCCUGAAAGAUCCAGUAACGUCCUUGUGGUUUUCCCAGGCUUCAUGAUCAUUUUAUAACCUAUGGUGACCCAAGGUAACGUCCUUGGAUAUUCCCGCAAACGGCCCCACACAUUCAGGUUGUAGAAGAAAUCUUAGGUUAUCACCUGCAUGUGACUCAUGAUGAUGCUGAGUAACCAGGAUGUUUCCCAAAGGAGCAGAAUGUCAAUCAUAGGGUUUCAGUUUGAGAGAUGUAAGUUCUUUAUGGCCAAGAUGACCCUUGUUUUAACAAAACAUUUCUUGGGAUCAGUGAAGUACUGAAUGACAUUUACCUUGAGGUGGGUUUCUGAGCCCCACAUUGUAUUACUAACUCCAGUUUUGUUCCCUUAACAUGCUGAUGACUAGAAGGGAACUACUGUACACACUGGCCAAGAACUGGGAGCUUUUUUGGGGAAAGGUGACAAGAGCCUGAUUCCCUGAAAGACCUUAAAAUGUCAUCUCAUUGCAGGGAGCUCACUACCUGUUGAGGCGGCAGCUCAUUUUGUCUUUGGAAGGCCCUCUCCUGACUUUCUCAGCAAAUUCCAGCCAGUGCAGCCACUGGGAACAAGCCUGGGCCCCUCUUUGCACAGAAGCCCUCGAAACAUUUGAAGGACUCUCUGUCCUUUUUGGAGAUGAGAGGCACAAGCUUAGGACAGUUUUUGCUAAGGAAACUCCAAGGACUCCCCUUUGGGUCUUUAUCUCCCUCCAGCCCACACGGGGCUUAGGCUGGUGAGCAUUUACUUAAGCCACAAGAGGUGGCAUUUGGGUUUUAGAACCAGCUCAGGCUGUGAGGGGGCUGUCCCCUCAGAGGUGCUAGCUCCUAGCUCCGGCAGGCACAGCCCUUCCCCUCAUUCCAGCAAAGGAAAUGGUCUGAGAGAAUCAUUUUAAAGGGAAAAGCAAAACCAUAUGGUUACACAAAGGGUUCUAUUAUUUCAGACAAUGGGUUUGCAUGUUAGAUGUUUCUAAGAGAAAAGAGGCGGCCUGCUGGGCAUUCCGUGAGAAGCAAACAGAUUAACUGUACAAUCUCAGUUUUUACUAAAAUGCAAAUAUGUACUGUUUAAAUUUGUUAUUUCUUUAAAUUAAUUACAAACU